GUGGUUGAGGCUUCCGGUGAUGGGUUCACAACUCUAUGAUUAAAGUUUCAUUUUGGUUAGGAACACCCCCCCACCACCACCACCAAAAUUAAAAAAAGGAAAAGCCUAUCCCCCUUACCCAAUCUGAGCUAAAAUAAAUGCUCUCUUUGCAUUGAGUUUGUCAUUUAUUGUUUUGUAAGGUUCUGUUUGGGCGGAUUUUUUGGAGAAUGGGUUCUGAAAACUGUUUAUCAAUUUCUAGCAAGAAGAUUCCAACACCAUUUGCAAGUUAUGGUGUGUACUUAUUCUUGAAAAUUAAUUCAGGGAGGUUAUUCUUAAGUUGAAGAUUACUUUGAAAAGAAAUCAUAAAAAGGCACAUCUCCCGAAGGGUGUCUUUUUGCCAUGAUUCUCAUACAGAAUCGAGUUAAGAAAGUUAGAUCUUCAUUUUUUUGGCUACUUAUUAAAGGGAUUGUUGCGAGUGUUGCCCUAUAUUUUACAUUACAUGGAAAUGAUAUAUAGUAUAAACGUGGAGUGGUCAAGAACUUCUAGUAAUAAUAUGCAGAUUUGCCUUUAUACAGAAUGACAAGAUUUGCAGGAUACAAAAGAUAUUUGAAGAUCCGGAGUUGCUUCUUCGACCAUGGUUUGAAAAGUUGUUUGAGGUUUUGAUAAAGCUACUUUCUGGAGUCAAAUUGCGCCAACAGCAUGCUGGGGCGGCUAGGAGCAGACGGCAAGUUAGCAGGCAGGACACACGUGGGAAGGCCAUGCGUGAAAGAUGGAACGCAUGAAGAACAAACACAGAACCUGCUGCAGCCUGCACUAAUUGCUCUCUCAACUAUGGAUGGAAUUUGCAGCCUUUUCCAAAUCACAAGCCUUCAUCUAAAGCUUUCUGUCUAGAGAUCAAGACAGCUUUCAACCCACUUCUCUUCCCACGGUCUGUAGCUGGGAAGCUGUCAUUAUUUUCAGCUAGUUUUUACAGCCAUGAAGUUUAUGAAAUUAGGGACAAGGCCAGACAUCUUCUACACAGAAGAAGCUACCAGGACUGUCAUUUCAGAUGUACCCAGUGACCUUGUUAUCAGAAUAAACAAUAUUACUUACCUCAUUCACAAGUUCCCUGUGGUGGCGAAAUGCGGCCUCUUACAGCGCCUUUGCUCCAACCACAGCGGCGGCGACGGCGACGGCGACGGCGACACAGUAAUCACAAUUGAACUCCACGACAUUCCUGGCGGAGAAGACGCUUUCGAGCUGUGCGCCAAAUUCUGCUACGGAAUCACCAUUAAUCUGAGUGCCCACAACUUCGUGUCUGCCUUCUCCGCUGCCAACUUCCUCCGCAUGACCGAAUCCCUUCACAGAGCCAACUUCAUCUCCAAGCUCGAAGCUUUCUUUCUUUCCUGCAUCCUCGCCGGCUGGAAGGACUCCAUUGCCACGCUUCGUUCCUCUUCUUCUGCUGCUGCUGCUGCUGCUGCCCUCUCCGAAUGGUCCCACAAUCUUGGCAUCACCACCAAAUGCAUUGAUUCUGUCGUCCACAAAAUCCUCACCCCACCUUCUAAGGUGAGUUGGUCCUACACCUACACCAGACCAGGCUACAACAAGAAAACACACCGCUCUGUUCCCAAAGAUUGGUGGACAGAGGACAUUGCUGAUCUUGACAUCGAUCUCUUCCGCUGCGUAAUCGUGGCGAUUUCCUCCACUUGCAUCCUCCCGCCGCCGCUCAUUGGCGAAGCCCUCCAUGUCUACGCCUCCCGUUGGCUACCCGAUGCCAAAAUCGCCGCUCCGAAACAACCAGAAGAGGCAUCUUCAGACACCACCACCACCAAUAUAGAGGCUAAGAAUCGCCAGAUCGUCGAAACGAUAAUCAGCCUGAUCCCCCCGGAUCGUGAAUCGGUGUCUGUCAGCUUCUCUCUGAGGCUCCUCCGGCUGGGGAAUCUCUUGGGGGCAUCUGCAGUCUGCAAGACAGAGGUUAUAAGGAGAUGCAGCCUGGUGUUGGAGGAGGCCACAGUGGGGGACUUGAUAUUCUCUUCGCAGCAGCAUCCUGAUGAGCAUAAUUUGCAGGAUGUUGAUUUGGUUGUGGCUGUUUUGGAGAGUUUCUUGAUGGUGUGGAGAAGGCAGUCGCCUGUGGAGAAUAAUGGGCAGCUGUUGGCGUCUGUUAGGAAAGUUGGGAAGCUCAUUGACUCUUAUCUCCAGGUGGUGGCUAGAGAUCGGAACAUGCCUGUGGCCAAGAUGGUUUGUCUUGCUGAAGCUUUGCCUGAUGUUGCCCGCCCAAAUCAUGAUGAUAUGUACAAGGCAAUCAACAUUUUUCUCAAGGAGCAUCCAGAUGUAAGCAAGGCCGAGAAAAAGCGGCUAUGUCGGGUACUAAACUGCCAGAAACUGUCGCCGGAGGUACGUGCCCACGCAGUGAAGAACGAGCGGCUGCCACUGAGAACUGUGGUACAAGUCCUGUUCUUCGACCAAGACAAAGGCUCCAAGACAAGUAGCCGAGUAGCAGCAGCAGCCACGGAGGAGGUACUACUCUCGAGGCCAAAACCAAAACAGAGGCCAGCCACAGCCACUGGCGAGAAUCUAAGCCUGAGCCGCCCAGGACCAGAUGAAAAGUUGAGGAGAUCUGAAAGCACAAAAUCGAGGCCGACCAAAGAGAAAUCAGAUCAUGACCAGAAAAUGAAGACAAGUAGUGAUCAGUUUGAGUCACGAAGGAAGGUUGUCGUUAAAGGAGAAGGAGAGGAGAGAUAUGGUGGGUGAUGUUUGUUUCUGUUUAAUCUCUGCCUCCAAAAAUGGGUUGUACAGAUUAUUCAAUCAAUUCCCUCCUAAGUCAUCUGUAAUGUUUUACUCACCUGGGUGUUGUCAUAGCACUUAGCAGUGUGUUAUGAAUAAGAAUCAUGAUUUGCAGAGGCCUAA